AUGGCCGCAUUGCCUCCUCCAGGACCGCAAAGCUUUGCCCACUUCACGAAGCAGUCUCUCGCCCUCAUUGAACAGCGCAUUGCUGAAGGGAAAACACAAGCUCCCAAAGAAGAAAAGAAGGAUGAGGAGGAGGAAGGCCCCAAACCAAGCAGUGACUUGGAAGCUGGCAAGCCGCUGCCCUUCAUCUAUGGGGACAUCCCUCCCGGCAUGGUGUCAGAGCCCCUGGAGGACCUGGACCCCUACUACGCAGACAAAAAAACGUUCAUAGUAUUGAACAAAGGAAAAGUCAUCUUCCGCUUCAAUGCCACACCUGCCUUGUAUAUUAUAUCUCCUUUCAACCUGCUACGAAGACUAUCUAUUAAGAUUUUAGUACAUUCCUUGUUCAGCAUGCUUAUCAUGUGCACGAUUUUGACAAACUGCAUAUUUAUGACAUUGAGCAACCCUCCCGAAUGGACCAAGAAUGUGGAGUAUACUUUUACUGGAAUAUAUACUUUUGAAUCACUUAUUAAAAUCCUUGCAAGAGGCUUCUGCAUAGGACAAUUCACCUUCCUCCGUGACCCAUGGAACUGGCUUGAUUUUAUCGUCAUUGUUUUUGCGUAUUUAACAGAAUUUGUAAACCUAGGCAAUGUUUCAGCUCUUCGAACUUUCAGAGUCUUGAGAGCUUUGAAAACUAUUUCUGUAAUUCCAGGCCUGAAGACCAUCGUGGGGGCCCUGAUCCAGUCAGUGAAGAAGCUCUCUGACGUCAUGAUCCUGACUGUGUUCUGUCUGAGUGUCUUUGCCCUGAUAGGACUCCAGCUCUUCAUGGGCAACCUGAGGCAUAAAUGUUUUCGAAAUUCUACUGAAGUGCUAACGAGCCUAAUUGGUACUCUGGAAACAGAAGAGGACUAUAAAAAAUAUUUUUAUUACACCGAAGGAUCCAAGGAUGCUCUGCUUUGUGGUUUCAGUGGAGAUUCAGGUCAGUGUCCUGAAGGAUACACCUGUGUGAAAGCUGGCAGAAACCCUGAUUAUGGCUACACAAGUUUUGACACUUUCGGUUGGGCCUUCUUGGCCUUGUUUCGAUUGAUGACCCAGGAUUACUGGGAAAACCUUUACCAACAGACCCUGCGUGCUGCUGGGAAAACCUACAUGAUAUUCUUUGUCUUAGUCAUUUUUCUGGGCUCCUUUUAUCUCAUAAACUUGAUCCUAGCCGUGGUUGCCAUGGCCUAUGAAGAACAGAACCAGGCAAACAUCGAAGAAGCCAGGCAGAAGGAAUUAGAGUUUCAACAGAUGUUAGACCGACUUAAAAAAGAGCAAGAAGAAGCUGAGGCCAUCGCGGCGGCCGCAGCCGAGUACACAAGUCUUGGGAGGAGCAGAGUUGCGGGCCUCUCCGAGAGUUCUUCGGAGACAUCCAAACUGAGCUCCAAGAGUGCUAAGGAGAGAAGAAACCGCAGAAAGAAAAAGAACCAAAAGAAGCUCUCCAGUGGUGAAGAAAAGGGAGAUGGUGAAAAACUGUCCAAAUCGGAUUCCGAAGAAAGUAUCAGGAGAAAAAAUAUACACCUUGGUGUUGAAGGGCCCAGGCGAGCACGUGACAAGAGGUUAUCGACCCCCAACCAGUCCCCACUCAGCAUCCGUGGCUCCUUGUUCUUCCCAAGGCGAAGCAGCAGAACAAGUCUAUUUAGUUUCAAGGGUCGAGGAAAAGAUCUAGGAUCGGAGACUGAAUUUGCGGAUGACGAGCACAGCAUUUUUGGAGACAACGAAAGCCGAAGGGGGUCACUGUUUGUGCCCCACAGACCAAAGGAGAGGCGCAGCAGUAACAUCAGUCAAGCCAGUAGGUCCCCCCCAGUGCUGCCGGUGAACGGGAAGAUGCACAGUGCCGUGGACUGCAAUGGCGUGGUCUCCCUGGUGGAUGGACCCUCAGGCUUCUUGCUCCCCAAUGGACAACUUCUGCCAGAGGUGAUAAUAGAUAAGGCAACUUCUGAUGAGAGCGGCACUACUGGUCAGACACAUAAGAAAAGACGAUCCAGUUCCUAUCUCCUCUCCGAGGAGAUGCUGAAUGACCCCAAUCUCAGGCAAAGAGCCAUGAGCAGAGCGAGCAUACUGACCAACACUGUGGAAGAACUUGAAGAAUCCCGACAGAAAUGCCCACCUUGGUGGUACAGAUUUGCACGCACUUUCUUGAUCUGGAAUUGUUCUCCAUAUUGGAUAAAGUUUAAAAAGUUGAUCUACAUUAUCGUAAUGGAUCCUUUUGUGGACCUUGCGAUAACCAUCUGCAUCGUUUUGAACACAUUGUUUAUGGCUAUGGAGCAUCACCCAAUGACCGAAGAAUUCAAAAACGUGCUCUCCGUGGGAAACCUGGUCUUCACGGGGAUCUUUGCCGCAGAAAUGGCUUUGAAGCUAAUUGCCAUGGACCCAUAUGAGUAUUUCCAAGUAGGCUGGAAUAUUUUUGACAGCCUGAUUGUGACGCUAAGUUUAGUAGAGCUUUUUCUAGCAAAUGUGGAAGGACUGUCAGUUCUGCGAUCAUUCAGAUUGGUCCUGAACUUAUUUCUUGCUUUAUUAUUGAGCUCAUUCAGCUCAGACAACCUUUCAGCAAUCGAGGAAGACAAAGAUGCAAACAACCUCCAGAUUGCAGUGGCCAGGAUUAAGAAGGGAAUAAAUUAUGUGAAACUCACCUUACAUGAAUUUAUUCUGAAAGCAUUUUCCAAAAAGCCAAAGAUUUCCAGGGACAUAAAGGAAACAGAAGAUCUAACUGGUAAAAAGGAAAACUUUAUUUCUAAUCGUACACUUGCUGAGAUGAACAAAGAGCUCAAUUUCCACAAAGAAAAGGAUAAGAUGAGUGGUUUUGGAAGCAGCCUGGACAAAUACUUGAUGGAAGAAAGUGACUGCCAAUCAUUUAUUCAUAACCCCAGCCUCACAGUGACAGUGCCAAUUGCACCAGGGGAAUCUGAUUUGGAAAUUAUGAAUACCGAAGAACUCAGCAGUGAUUCAGAGAGUGACUACAGCAAAGGGAGACUGAAUCGAUCGAGUUCUUCUGAGUGCAGCACAGUUGAUAACCCGGUGGCAGGAGAAGGAGAAGAAGCAGAGGUUGAACCCAUAAAUUCAGAUGAUCCAGAUGCCUGUUUCACAGAUGGUUGUGUGCGCAGGUUCCCAUGCUGCCAAGUUAACAUAGAGUCCGGGAGGGGGAAAAUCUGGUGGAACAUAAGGAAAACCUGCUAUAAGAUAGUUGAGCACAAUUGGUUCGAAAGUUUCAUCGUUCUCAUGAUCCUGCUCAGCAGCGGUGCUCUGGCAUUUGAAGAUAUAUAUAUUGAAAAGAAAAAAACCAUUAAGAUUAUCCUGGAGUACGCAGACAAGAUAUUCACUUAUAUCUUCAUUCUGGAAAUGCUUCUAAAAUGGGUAGCAUAUGGUUACAAAACGUAUUUCACCAAUGCCUGGUGUUGGCUGGAUUUCUUAAUUGUCGAUGUGUCCUUGGUCACUUUAGUUGCAAACGCUCUCGGCUACUCAGAUCUUGGCCCCAUUAAAUCCCUGCGGACCCUUAGAGCCUUAAGACCUCUAAGAGCCUUGUCCAGAUUUGAAGGAAUGAGGGUGGUUGUGAACGCACUCAUAGGAGCAAUUCCUUCCAUCAUGAAUGUGCUACUUGUGUGCCUUAUAUUCUGGCUAAUAUUUAGCAUCAUGGGAGUAAAUCUGUUUGCUGGCAAAUUCUAUGGGUGUAUUAAUACCACAGAUGGAUUGCCGUUUCCUAUCAGUAAAGUUCAAAACAGAUCUGAGUGUUUUGCCCUCAUGAAUGUUAGUCAGAAUGUGCGAUGGAAAAACUUGAAAGUCAACUUUGAUAAUGUCGGACUUGGUUACCUGUCUCUGCUGCAAGUUGCAACAUUUAAAGGAUGGAUGGAUAUUAUGUAUGCAGCUGUUGAUUCUGUUAAUGUAGACCAACAACCCCGGUAUGAAUACAGCCUCUACAUGUACAUUUAUUUUGUCAUCUUUAUCAUCUUUGGAUCAUUCUUCACUUUGAACCUGUUCAUUGGUGUUAUCAUAGAUAAUUUCAAUCAACAGAAAAAGAAGAUAACUCUGCUCUGGCUUUGCUGUGUCCACCUUGCCGUCUCUGUCUAUAUUGCACAGCUUCCUAAACUAAAAAGAAAGACAUCAGCCAGCUGUGCCAGUCAAACUCCUCAUGGUCCUCAAGGACAGAGAACUGCCUCUAACAAAAUCCAAGGAUGUAUAUUUGACCUUGUCACCAACCAAGCUUUUGAUAUCACCAUCAUGGUUCUUAUCUGCCUGAACAUGGUGACCAUGAUGGUGGAAAAAGAAGGACAGAGUGUCUACAUGACUGGCGUUUUAUAUUGGAUAAAUGUGGUUUUUAUUAUCCUUUUCACUGGAGAAUGUGUGCUGAAACUGAUUUCCCUCAGACAUUACUAUUUCACUGUAGGAUGGAACAUCUUUGACUUUGUGGUUGUGAUUCUCUCCAUUGUAGGAAUGUGGCUAGCUGAUAUAAUAGAAAAGUACUUUGUGUCCCCUACCCUGUUCCGAGUGAUCCGCCUCGCCAGGAUCGGCCGAAUCCUGCGUCUGAUCAAAGGGGCCAAGGGGAUCCGCACCCUGCUCUUCGCUUUGAUGAUGUCCCUUCCCGCGCUGUUUAACAUCGGCCUCCUGCUCUUCCUGGUCAUGUUCAUCUAUGCCAUCUUUGGGAUGUCCAACUUUGCCUAUGUUAAAAAGGAAGCUGGGAUUAAUGACAUGUUCAACUUCGAGACCUUCGGCAACAGCAUGAUCUGCCUUUUCCAAAUCACCACCUCUGCUGGCUGGGAUGGCUUGCUGGCACCUAUUCUCAACAGUGCACCCCCAGACUGUAACCCAAAAAAAGUUCACCCAGGAAGCUCAGUUGAAGGAGACUGUGGCAACCCAUCUGUUGGAAUCUUCUACUUCGUCAGCUACAUCAUCAUCUCCUUCCUGGUGGUGGUGAACAUGUACAUCGCUGUCAUCCUGGAGAACUUCAGCGUGGCCACAGAAGAAAGUACCGAGCCCCUGAGUGAGGAUGACUUUGAGAUGUUUUAUGAGAUUUGGGAGAAAUUUGAUCCAGAUGCAACACAGUUUAUAGAAUAUAGCAAACUCCCGGAUUUUGCGGCUGCCCUGGACCCGCCUCUUCUUAUCGCAAAACCAAAUAAAGUCCAGCUCAUCGCCAUGGACCUGCCCAUGGUCAGCGGGGACCGGAUCCACUGCCUCGACAUCCUGUUUGCCUUCACAAAGCGGGUCCUGGGAGAAGGUGGAGAGAUGGAUUCUCUUCGUUCACAAAUGGAAGAAAGGUUCAUGUCUGCAAAUCCUUCUAAAGUGUCCUAUGAACCCAUCACCACUACCCUGAAGCGAAAGCAAGAGGACGUUUCUGCCGUGAUCCUUCAGCGUGCUUACAGACGCUACCGCUUAAGGCAAAACGUCAAAAAUAUAUCAAGUAUCCAUAUAAAAGGUGGAGACAAAGAUGACGAUUUGCUCAAUAAAGAAGAUGUGGUUUUUGAUAAAGGUCAUGAAAACUCAAGUCCAGACAAAAUAAACGUGACCCCGUCUACCCCCUCGCCACCUUCGUAUGACAGUGUAACAAAGCCAGACAAAGAGAAAUACGAAAAAGACAAAACCGAGAAGGAAGACCAAGGGAAAGAUGGCAAAGAAAGCAGCAUAUAGAGCUUCAUUUUUGAUACACUGUUUACAGUGGAGGGGAUGUAUUUGUGUUAAUAAAACUCUUUUAAGGAGGUCUAUGCCAAACUCUUUUUACCAAAAUAUUCUCAAAGUCAGAGCAGUGACAAGCUCUGAUUCCCUAGAUAGGUGGGCAGCAAUGACAGACGGCUAUUUUUACAUCGGUAAAUAAUAUUACAAGAAUUGUAAGAGUUACUCUUUAGGGACUAUUAAUUAUAACAAACAAAAACGAUUAGGGUUUUUCUGCUUUUUAAUAAAAUCAGAAGGCCAUGUAGAAAAUGUUCACAUCUGCUUUGUCAUCUUUUCACUGUAAUCAAUCACUUAUUCCCAUGUAAAUGCCACCAUCCACACAUGCAAGCACACAUGCAUAUGCACCUGAACGUAAAUAGGAAAUUAUUUUAUUAUUCAGAAUUCGACAACAACACACGUAACCUGUUGACUGAACAAAACUUUUAAGUCAUCCUGACUCACAUAGCAACCAUGAUAAGACUUACCCUUAGAGUAUUGUGCUUCUUUUUUAUAUUCCUCUCUGUUCCUUUCUGUUCAUACAAUAGCCACAAGACGUAAAAUAUUGCUCAAAGUACAUAUAACAUUCCUCAAAUGAGAAAAAAAAAGCCAACAGAUGAAGAAAAGAAGCAAGUGAAGAAAAGUUUAUUUACUAUCUUCAUGCAAUCCAGCUGGACUAUGCUGUCCCAAAACAUCAGUAAUGACCUGACUUAAUAUUUUUUGUCACAUGAUUUUUCCUCAUGCAGUAUUGUUUAGUCAUCCUUUAGCACUAAGCAAACUUGAUGAGUCCUCUCAACAAAAUGCUUUCUGAUCAGCAAAUAGCUAUUUGAGCCUAUGGUACAUGUUUGAGCAAAUAAUGAGUUGGGCACAGGAUCCCCACAGCACACUAUGUGGCAUGUAUUUGACAAGCUUUCAAAUCAUAGCAUAUGGCAGACUUUCAACACCAAUGUGCGUGCAGUUUGAAGGAAAGAGCAUUCAGCUGGGUUUCUUGCCAACUUGCUUUCUUGCCACUGAGUUGCUGUCU